UAUUCCCUCUCUCUAAACCUCUCGCCGUCAGCCUCCGGCGACACCUCUUCUCCAGCGAUCAUUCACCUUCGAUCACUUCAUUCUAUCAACCUCUUUCCCCUUCUCUCUCCCUACCUCCCUCUCUCUCUUGCGACGACUACCGCCACUACCACGCCUCUCGCUCGCAAAGCCGCUUGCAUGCGGCGGUUGAGCUCAUUGCCGUCACUCUCUCUCCCUCAGCGUUCUCUCGAUGUUUUACGGAACAAGAGAUUUCUCUCCCUUCCCGUUCCCGACGUCGUCACACAGUGCGUGCGGUGGUUGCUGCGGAUGCGUGACAGCAGUUGACCACCGUCGCCUCCUGACUUUCUCGGCCCAGCCUCGCGCCGCCUCCAAGGAUGUCUCUGGCGAGUUUAGAUCCUUCUCUCUUUCUCUCUCUCACAGCCUCUGUCUGAAUGGAAUCUCCGCCGCUGCACGAGUCACCAUAUGCCGCGCUCGGCCGUCAGCUUGGGCGGCCUUCUUUUUCUCGCACGUCAUCAUCGCUCAUCGCUGCAUGAGACGGGUCUCGACACCGUCGUCCUUCUAUGUGCUCGACGGCUUCUCCGGCAAGGCACAUAAACGUGAAGUCUUAAAAUUGCUCGGAGGUGUAGCGACGCACGCCAUUGUCGAACAAGCUGUCCGAGACAUGCAUGAUCUUCUUAUUUACUUAUACUAUAGAUUAGCAUAUAAUAUAAUUAUCUUGUAAAAUUUAUAUUCUAUCAGACAUUA